UCAGGCUGGCAGUUGGAAAGAAUAGCGCGGCAGUUGGAAAGAAUAGUGGAGUCAGAUAAAAUGAUUAUUUUUCCUUACUGAUAUUGUGAAUGAUGACAGUGAACUUGAGUCAACAACAAAGAAAGUGAAUUCUAAAGCAGUAUACCUACUUUUGGGCCACUUUGUAUUAUCCCUUUUGCUCACAUUUCCACACCUACAGCUACAUUCCCAUAUUCUUUUUGUUCUUAACAUCCCUUUCAUAUCCUCUUGUGGAUCAGGUGAACAGCAAACUUUCUACAUGAAACUGAGGGUGAUAAUAGUCUUUGUAAUAGAUGGUGCUAUGACAAUUUAUCUAUCUUAUUGCAGUCCAGUGUAUAAAAAUUAUCAGCAUGUCCUCACAUUUAUUUUUGCCAUUCAUGAGAUCAAUAAGAAUCCCAGGCUGUUGCCCAAUGUCACUUUGGGUUUCCACAUCUAUGACAACCUUUUUGAUGCAAGAACUAUAUAUGAGACCACCCUGGACCUACUGUUCCCACAGCAAAGGAAGGCAAUAAAUAAUUAUGACAUGAAUAAGAAAGUGUUGUCUGUCAUUGGAGGUCUCACUGUAGAAGAUGCCUAUCAGAUGGCCACCAUCUUGAAUCAGUACAAGAUUCCACAGGUCCAUUCUUCACUGAAAAAUAUCCACUUUAACAAUGGUGCUGGGCAGGAAGUCUUGAUAGAAAAUGGAGAAGUUUCAGCUGGCUAUGAUAUCAUCAACUGGGUUGUUUACCGCAAUCGAACUGGUCUCAAACUCCAGGUUGGAAAAAUUUCAGCAAAUCAUAGUUUCACUAUCAGAGGGAAUAUGAUUGUGUGGAAUAACAAAUUCAAACAGACACCACCUCAAGCAAUGUGUGUUGACAGCUGCCUCCUUGGAUAUAGAAAGAUUGCGCAGGAAGGGAAACAAGUUUGCUGUCAUGACUGUGUCCCAUGUCCAGAAGACAUGAUAUCUAAAGAAACAAAUGCAAUUAAUUGUGCCAAGUGCCCAGAAGAGCAAUAUCCAAAUGCGGACAAAAAUGAAUGCAUAAACAAAGUUAGAAUUUUCCUAUCCUAUGAGGAGCCUUUGGGGAUUAUUUUAGUUUCUCUUGCUGUUUCCUUUGCUGUAGUGACUGGUAUAGUGAUAUACACAUUUGUGAAGAACUGGAAUACCCCCAUUGUCAAAGCCAACAACCAGAACAUUACCAUCACUCUUCUCAUCUCCAUCCUGCUUUGCUUCCUUUCUUGCUUGCUCUUCAUUGGCAAACCUGAGAAGGUGACUUGCCUUCUACGGCAAAUAGCCUUUGGCAUUGUGUUCUCGGUUGCAGUUUCUUCUGUGCUGGCAAAGACCAUCAUUGUGAUCCUGGCCUUUCUGGCCACAAAGCCAGGCAACACAAUGAGGAAAUGGCUAGGGCAGAAGGUGGCAAAUGCUGUUGUUCUCUCCUGCUCCCUCAUCCAAGUAGGCAUUUGUACCUCUUGGCUGUCAAGCUUUCCUCCAUUCCCAGAUCUUGACACGCACUCUCUGGCUGGGCACAUCAUUGUUGAAUGCAAUGAAGGUUCAAUCACCAUGUUCUACUGUGUCCUUGGCUACCUGGGCUUUUUGGCUAUCAUCAGCUUCACCGUGGCUUUCCUUGCCAGAAAACUGCCUGACUCUUUCAAUGAAGCCAAGUUCAUCACGUUCAGCAUGUUGGCGUUUUGCAGUGUCUGGGUCUCCUUUAUUCCAGGUUAUCUGAGCACAAAAGGGAAAUACAUUGUGGCAGUGGAGGUGUUUGCCAUCUUGGCUUCCAACACCGGCCUCUUGGCUUGCAUUUUCUUCCCCAAAUGUUAUAUCAUUGUUCUAAGACCUGAUCUAAACACCAGGAAGCAACUAACAGGAAAAGGAAAUUAAUUAUUUAUCCUUAUUAUAACCUU